CAUGACAGAGAUUCCGUUUCACGGGCUGUUAACGCGUACAGCAAAGAGACGACCGAGCGAGUGAACAUUUCUUUUUUCCCUUUCGAGCCUCACGAACGAUGAAAAUCGUCCGGACAACACGAGAGAGUGACGACCAUACGCAAUUAGGAAUGACAAUUAGCGGAGUGGUACAUAGAAUGUCACUCACCGUGAGAAAGACCGUUUCCAACACUGUGCGCUUGAAUUCUUAUCUCGGUCCGUUCGACAAUGUGAUCGGUUACACGCGUUACAUGAAUCGGUCGCAAUGUUCGGAUUUAAGAAAGAAGAGAAUCGAAACGGGGGCACACGAGUUCCUUAAACACUGUUCAUGUCACCACACCGGAUGUCGUGGGGUCGAACACCUCCGUCUUCACAGGUGGAUGUCUAGAGGUUGA